CCACGGGAUCAUGACGUCAAAUCUUGCCCCACCAAGGAGAGCAGCUACCCUUACCUAACUAGAAUUUCUGUAGUGCGUCAUCGGGAUUCAUGUUUUGAAAUUCGGUACGGUAUUGGAAGGUCCAGAAUACUUAUCUAGACAUGUUCAAAUUAGUCCCGGAACAUGCUACAUCAUCCGACAUUUAGGGGAAAGGUUACUUAAGAGAUUCAAACGUGCACUGGAUGCGUAACUUGUGAGGCCUUUUCGCUCGUAAACAUGUACACAAUCUGGUUCGUGGGUCAUCGAUCUACAACGUGGUCAUACUUGGUUGUCCUUUUAGUGUUUUGCUCCAUUCUACAGCGAGCAACAGCUCAGUUGCAUCUGUUUAUCACAAACGAGGAUGCCAACACACAUCUAAGUGAGUAUAUGUCUUUCAAGAAAGGUAGCAAGUUUGUAAAUAGUUCGCAAACCAUGUGGAUCGAGGGAGAAGAAUCAUUCGCGAUGGCUUAUUCUGUAUUUCAGAGAUGAACUUCCAGGGAAGAUUGUACCUCAUUCGCGAUGGAGAACCAAACACUAUGGUGCAGAAUCCUGGUGCAUUUUAUCGUUUUAUGUCACCGUUAGAUUCAUCGGUUUCAACGAUUCAGCUAAGCUGGUUUUCAUCUCCGCAGGUGAGUACGACGUGAUAAGCGGGAGUGAUAUAUAUAUACACGAUUGUUGGGUGUUUUGAUUCUCACUGAAGUCGAACAAAGUCCAUCAGCCUGUCUCUGUGAAUGAUUUGUCGACUUCGGGUUAGUGUUUAGUCAUAGUUAUUAUUUAUUUUAGUUUGUGCCUCAAAUUGAGGAGGAAAGAAAGAUUUCCGUGCGUUUCUGAUCAUUUGAAUGAAAGGGUUCUCUUAGCACUCUAGUAGCACAAUACUCCACUUUGCGCAAUGCUAAUUUUGUAGUGUAUUUUUUUGUCAUCUUACUUAAUUCAUGUGACGUUCCGCGAACUAUUUUCGUCUUAGAAAUCAGAUGAUUAUGUUCCAGAAAACAUUUUCGUCAUUGAAUAGUCGUUCUGAUGAAGAAAACUUUGCCAAAAACGCCAAUAUUAUAAACACGAAGAAUCGGGGUAUUUUGUUUUGCAUGGCCGGAAUGCAUUCUUUCUUCCCCUAUUGUUCGCUUAGCAAUGAUUCUUAACGAUCGAAAAUCGGCAAUUCUUUCUUCGGUUCGAGUGCUGAAUGCUUCAGAUCUUCCUGUUCUAAGCUUUGAAGGAAUCAAAUGAAAGGUAUUAACGAUAUCGGCGAUCUAAGGGUUUCGUGUUGACGGUUUUAGCGUGGACCAUUAAGUAUUUGUCGUUGUCGUCAUGUAUGCUGAUGUCUGGAAAAUUUCUGUCGAAAAGGCAAUCUAGAAUAUGACUCUGGGGGAUAAUGCCGUUGAUUUUUUUACGCCAAUAUUCUAAGCUUAGAGUUGGCAAUGAACUUUAGGAAUGCAUGUGCUUGUGUUUAUUGUUCUUUAAGAAGAUUUAGCUGAGGCAAGUCUGUAAAAUGUCCGUUUUCCAGUGGUUUUCUAAUUAUUUGCUCCCGUUAAAUCAUUCAAACGUGAUCUUGCCACAAUAUCAUUUCCUACUCCUUGAACUGCGAGCCUUCAGAAUUGGAUUUUAGUGUAGUUCCGUUGGGCUCGAGCGUUUCCUGUUGUGGCCUCUGAAAGGCACGUAAAAGCUUGUUUUUAUCAUGGAUAAUUCAAGAUUGCGGAGGAAACAGCCGAACAAUAUCAACUUGAUAAGCCAAAAGCUUGUUAAGACACGGUAGGGUACGAUUUAAGAUGUGAUGAAGGCACCUUGCCAAGCAGAGGAAAACAAAACAAUAACGAGUAGUCAUUUAGUCUAACCACUUGGUUUGCAAUAAAGUUGGCGUCCAUUAUAAUCAUUUCAUCCAUAAUGGCAUUUCCUAUUAUGCUACAAGUUGAAUAUUUGACUCUCAAGAAACAAUUUAAUGUUUAUGGUGUCAGUUACACAACUUAAAUAUCCUUUUUUUUUUUUUUUUUUGCCAAAGCAAAAUAACUUGAGAAAUUGAUCAAUCAUGAAACCACAGAUUCAGUGGCUUCCAUUUAAGAUUCUGUGCGAGAGCUACAAUCAACAUAACUCUAUUGGGAAAUUUCAGUCUGAAUUGUUUGAUUUUCAAACAUGUCUUAGUUUUGACAAUCAAGCAUAAAGAGGUAGUGUUGCAAUAACUUAAAGGUCCUCUGAUGAUAUUGUUUCAGGGCUUUGUCCAAAAAGCCUUGGCUGAAAUUAAUUAUUUCAAAAGAAGAGAUAACACUUGAUUUUUUUAGGAGUUUAUUCACUUUAACCCUUUAACUCCUAAGAUCUGAUUGUUAAUUCUCCCCUCUAUCUGCUACACAUAUCCUUGAAUCAGUGAUGAGAAUUUAGUGUUAGAUCAAAAUAAAAACUUCUACCAGACACGUUGGAGUAUUCUGAAUACAUGUUUGCAGGUUAAUAAAGUUCUGCUCACAUAGUGGGUUGGAAUUGGUGAAAAUAAGAGGUUUUGAACCAUUUGUGACAAUUUCAUCCUCCUAUGUUCACCUGAUAUUAUGAAAUAGCAGAGAUACUCUUUAAGUCUGUUACUCACAAGCAGGAGGCAAGUGACUAACAAACUUUUCUCUUGUUCUCCUGAUAACUAAACUGAGUACACAGAGCUAUUUCAUAGGUGGAUCUUUCCUUAGAAUUAACUUUUACACUCUCAGGGGUUACAUAAGAGGAAUUUCUCCACAUAUCUUUUGGGAAAUUCUGUGUGAUUCAGCAACAAUUUCUCAGAAGCAAAAUUAUAAGAUGUGUAUGGUAAACCGUGCAGAGGAUCGCUUGCUAGAUCUUGGAUAUGUGGUGGUUACAGAAUUGAUGAUGUCUUCUUUUACAGGUCUCACACUAUAGCAUGAGCUUCAAAUCAAGUGAUCAAAGUAUCAUGCCUGAUCCUCAUGCAGCCACUCCUUUGGAAGGAAUUGUUCCACAAUCUCAAAAAGGUGUGAAUGACCUGUCUUUACAGGUUCACAUUUUAGUGUUUUGUACAAACACUGAAUUUUAAAGCAAUCCAUAUGUUUGUUUGUUUGUUAGCAGAAGUAGUUAGUACAAUGCAUGCAGUGAGAGUGCAUCUUAACAUGUUUUGUUAGCAUUUUAAGUUAACUUGAUAAGUACUCUCCAAGAAAUAGUUUGAAACAUCUGAGGGGGGGGGAAGUAUACUUGAUAAGGAAAAUGAUUAUCAAUGGACUAAAUGUCCUGUACAAGGUACAGUUUAUAUGUAUAUACACUACAAACAAGGAAGAUCCUUGCUAAAACUGAAUUUCAACUAAGUUUUUCAAAGUAUCUUUCUGAAGAUACUUCUUUCUAUCUCGCAAGCAGGUGCAUUGAAAGCGUUCUUGCUUCCAGAAUGCGAUUCUUGUCAAAGGGAAAGGCAAAAACUUUCUGAAGGGACCUGUUGCUUCUUAAAAAUUCUUCACACAAUGAAGUCAUAUUUUCUUAAUUAUUAAUUGGCAUCCUAGGGUGGAGUGGGUGAAUGUUUUUUUUUUUUUUUUUUUUUAAUUUUUUUUCAGAAUUGUACUUUCCUGAAUAAAAUGUACUGAUUUGUUGUGUUGUUUUGUCUCGCAGCCUUUCAGGUUUCCUUCUACUGUCCUGGUACUACUGAGGGAGAAGUUGAUAUGACAUUUUCCUUGAACUACACCAGAAUUGUUUCAGGCUCAGUAGAUACGGAGGAGAUCAAAAGUUUUAUGCUCAUAGUGAGAAGACGUUGUGAAAAAACAGGUAAUUGACAUUGAAUAAGACACUAUCAUUUUGCUUUUCUACAGGGUUUUUUUUCUUUCUCAAAUUCCUUGUUUGUUCAGAUCAGUGUCCUAUGAGACAUUCAAACAGAGCUUAACUGAAAAUUACUCAGUCAUCAUUAUCAUUGUUGUUUUUGCCUUCUUGCUAUUCACUUUGAUAAAACAAUUCUUAGCUUGCCUGGGCAGAAGCUUCAAGAUUUAUUUUUGUAGUUCAAUUAUCAUUUUUGACACUUUACCCUUCACCCCUAUAAGUGGCCAAGACAUCAUUUCUCUUUCCAAUAUAAAUAUGAUACCAAGCAGACAAAUGAUGAGAUUACAGAAAAAUGUCAACUUGGAUUAUUAGUUUAUCCAACACCAAAUGUUUACAUGAAAUUCUCUACAGAUGGAAAUGACAAUUUCAUCGAACAAGUUACAUCCUCACCAUGGUCACGCAGUAAAGUUGUGGGAAUCUGUGCAGGCUUGACGACUGUUAUUAUAUCUGUUGUUGGGCUGGUGUUACUGUUUCGUUAUUGUAUGAGACAGAGGAAGUUGAAGAUAGAGUUUGAAGAUGAUGUGGAAAUGUAUCGCAGCAGCAGCAGGUUUGUUACUUAGCAGUCUGUCCUUUCAAUGGUUGUGCAUCUUUGAAAGCUGCAGACUGUGAAUUCGUUGGCUAUUGUAAAAUAGGGUUGGCAAUUUUUCCUCUUUGUUUUUUUUCAGUAGUAGUAUAGUCAAACCUUGAUUAUCCAGACCUCAAUUAUCUGAAUUUCUUGAUCAUUCAAACUUUUUCCCUGGUCCCAAUUUUGUCAUGAAUUUUUAUAAGUCAUGAUCAAGAUCUGUAGCCCUCUUCUUUUUAAAACUACAGUGUUGAAAAGUAAAGUGAAGGCAAGUUUUGCUUUCAAAAAGCAAAAGCAGAGCUCACACGCGUCAUAACUAAUGAAGAACAUUUGAUUGAGGUCUGAUUGGCUUAGAGUUGCUUUGUUGCUACAUGAGAUUUCACACUCUAUAGGCUCUUUCAGCAUGGUAUGCAAGAUAAACAAGUUAUUACACAGCAUCACGAAUGGUUAUUCACAAUCAUCGUGUCCUUGAACCAUGAGCGAUCUUUUCUUUCGAUUAAAUGUCGCUUUCUUAAUUUAAUCAGUUUUUGUUCCUAACUGAUAUUCAUAUUUUCAACUAUCUGGACCCUCGAUUAUCCAGACUAUUUCAUCUUGUCCCAACAAGUCCUGUUAAUCAAGGUUUCAGUUUUCAACUUCUACCUCCUGAGCUCAUUCACAGACAAGUGAUAAGAUAGUUUUCUUAUGAAUAGAACAUGUUAUGUAUUGUGUUUGUAAGUCAACAAUAGGUUUUAGAAUUGUGCUCUGAGGUCAUCUAAGGUGGUGGGAGAUUUUCUACUAAAGAUGUUGAGUGAAAUUGAUUUUUUAACUUAAAUGUAAGAAUCAGUGUAAAAAUUUCUAUGACACAACAUUUUUUCAGUGAAACUUCAGGUCUUUGUAUCGCGUACCUUUAUUCUUUUAUGUUUACUGAAUAUAUUUCCUUUGAUACCUGACAAAAUUCUCUUUUGUAAAAAACCAGUUCAUCCAAGAUUUACAAAAAAGAAGAGCAACAAGAAGAAGAAGUUGAUGAAACAGUGGAUUCUUCAAAGCCAGGACUGUUUUACAGCCCACCAAGGCCUAAUUAUCAACCUCCAGGAGGAGGAGGAGGAGGGCGUGGCCGUGCUAACACAAGUGGCAGUGACUCCUCAACAACUGAUCUGAUUAUUCCCGAGGAAAGUAGUGAUAUGUGUAUUCAAAAGCAAUCAGAGGGAAAGUACAGCAGUAGAGAUGGCAGACACGGAGUGAGACAUAAACAUCGACGACAUGAACGACAGUGGAAACACGGAAGCUUGUCUAGUAUGUUUGUUUGUUUGUUUUUUUUCACAUGGGUGUGUUUGGUUCUGUUCGGAAACUGUACCUUCUGGUAAAUUAUGUCAGUUGAUUCAUAAUUAUGCAAAGGGUUUCAUUUCAUUCUCUCUUUAUUUGGUGCAGAUACAAAAUACACUUGGAUACAAGAGAGACCUUUGUCAUCUUAUCAUGAAACAGAAUCUUUGUUGGAGAGAAGAAAUAGUAAGGGAGUUUUUUAUUGAUUUUUGUUUUGGUAAAUCAAGUCAGUUGUUACAUAUGUAUUGGUUUUUAGUUGUCAAUAACAUAUUGACUGCACUAGUGUGUCCUUAUUACAAGUAGAUGUAUUAGUUUUUUCUAACUAAUAAAGAUUUUUUUCACAGCUCCUGAUGAAGCUCAGAAUACCGGAGGACUUUUUACAGUAUUAAAUGAAUUUUGGGCAACAGAACUUGCAGAUGUUUUAAUACCAAGAGACCAAGUGUCAGUUGGAGAUCCUUUGUAUAGAGGUUAGUUAGAUGCAAAGAACUUUGGAUGUUAUUUCAUUUCCUGGCACAUAAACUUGCUUUUCCUCUUUUAAAUUUUGAUUACUGAGCAACGUGGCUGACAGUUAGCCCCUUGGGUUUAAGUGUAGUUAUUAACAGUAAGCUUUUAAGAUCAGAUUGGCUUAUAAAUAUACAAUCACAUUCCAAUUACUGUAAAGAAAGAGGUAGAUUGUUUCAAGCUACAAUUGUCAUGUGCCAAUUUAUUCCAAGUGUUCCAAUGGUUAAAAAUAACUGUCUGUGACAGGGAAAGUUGAUUCAUUGGUUCACCAUUGGAAAUUUAUUUUGCAGGAACAUUUGGAUGUUUGUACAAAGGUUCUGUGCGAGGACUAAGUGAAGAGCAACCACGCAAGAAAAUGGAAGUGUUCAUCAAAGCACUUCAAGGUAAGACCAAACCUGAAAGUCUUCUGGAGUUUGUGUCUAUUACAGUGAUCUGGUGGCAUCUGGAGUAGGAUAGUGGAGUAGGACAGUGAUCUGGUGGAGUAGGACAGUGAUUUGGUGGAGUAGGACAGUGAUCUGGUGGAGUAGGACAGUGAUCUGGUGGCAUCUGGAGGAGGAUAGUGCAGAAGCAAAAAUUACCUUAGUUUGGCUUUUCAAAGACAAAGUGCAAAUACUUCAUUUAGUAAAUUUGAGGAGUUUUUCCAUUUUACUUGUGGAUUUGUUAAGUGCAGAAACAAGUAAUGUGGGAGUUUGAUAGGCAAAAAUUGUGACAUUAUCAUGGUCUUAGUUUAGGGAUAGCAGGCAUUAUUUUAAAGGAGUUAUUUUUGUGCACUUGUUUGAGGUUUUGGUUGGCCAUUGAGGUGUUUGAAUAACUUUUUGUGAGGUUUGUAGUUCCCUACUGCAUUCUUUUCUUCAACUAAUUCAAUUAUUUUAAUGAAAUAUUUUAAGUACAGUACAGAGUCCUGUAGAGUUGUGUUUUGACUCAGUUUUAUCCUUCACAGAUGAAGCAGACAUGGACACCAUCACUUCUUUUAUGCAGGAAGCAAUGGUCAUAAAAGGCUUCAAGCAUCCAAAUGUUGUGGAACUGGUGGGUGUGGUGCUUCAACGUUCAACGCCACCUUACAUUGUAACUCCUCUAACACGAAAUGGAGACCUAGGACACUUUUUGAAGAUUUCAAGAGCAACAUCUGCAAGAGUACAGGUGAGAACACAAGAACAGCAUCAAUAGGGAGUGUGGAGACAGUCUACUGUAAGAAAUGGUUGGGAUUGUUGGCCAGAAAUUGGUGUACCUCUGAUCAUUAGACCAAUGAAGAUUACAAAGAUAAAGAAAGGUAGAAUGUGUUAGAUCUUUAAAUAAAAACUUUGAAUUGAUUUUUUUUCUCAGACAAUUACCUCGCGCCAGCUUAUUGAGUUUGGAAUUGAGAUCUGCAAAGGAAUGGAUUAUAUCACUCAGAAAAAGAUUGUUCACAGAAAUCUUGCAGCAAAGAACUGCAUGUAAGUAUUUCUUAUCUAAGUUUGCCUUGUGUUUCAUAUAGUUGCCUUUGAUUUCUAGUUUCUUCUUUUUUGCGAAGAACUUAGAUGAUUCAGGUUUGUAAGAUCAUGAAAAUAAAGAUUUUUCAAACAUUUGCCUCCAAUCUUAUAGGCAAUCUAAUUUUAAUAGUUUUCACUUUGCAAUUGAUAGUCACAUGCCCUAGUUUACUGCUGGCAUAAAGAGGCUGUUGCUCUGACUGAGUAUUUGGGUUAAUAUAUUUCCCUGAAUUUUGAGAUGGUGAUUUAUAAAAUAAUUAAGAAGGGAUUGGGUUUUCCAUCUCAGGAAAUCAGACUUAUCUGAAAGUGUUUUCCUUUAGUGUCAAUGAUGAUUUGAGUAUCAAGAUCACUGACUUCAGUUUGGCCAGAGAUGUGAACACAACAAACUUGAAUGACAAGGGAAUACGGUCCAGAUUACUUGUCAAAUGGACAGCACUUGAGGGUUUAGCAGAGGAGGGUCAAUUUUCAGAAAAAAGUGAUGUGGUAUGUUUCAUUUCUUUUUCACCCUUUGAAGAUAAAUUUGGUUUUGCCUGGCUUGUCAAAAUUAGGACUCUUAAUUUAUAUUGCAAGCACUCAGCUGGUAGUUCAUCAUUAGCUUUAAACAUUGCACAAAGAUUAAACCCUUGAGGAAGAGAUGAAUUUGAAAAUUGUACUUGCAAGUUAAGAACAAGUCAGUGUGCUUAUUCUGCACAGUGUUCUCUAUACAUUUCCGAUAGAACUGCAUAAGAGAAUUUCUUUAACAAUAAAGAACUACAUAAGUUAGUGAUUAUUUCUUUUAUUCUCAUGACCCUGAUGUUUGAUUUAGUGGUGAUACACUGAGGAGAAUUUGGAUGCUUACCACUCUUAGAGAUCAAAUUCUUAGGAGUGGCUUACAGAGGAAUAUAUCACCAUCAGUAAAGAGAAUUUGCUUGUAGAUCAUGGAAAGGAAUCAGGGAUACUUGAGCAAUUGUUAUCACAAUGACAUUGACUUUGCACAACAGCAACAGAUUUUACAGGUUGUGGCCUUGGUGUCAGCCUGUUUAUUGAUAUGCGUCAUUGUUGUAUAAAUGACUCAUAUGUGGCAUUUAUUCCUUCACAGUGGUCAUUUGGAGUUGUUUUAUGGGAGAUUGUAACUCUUGCUAAGGCACCGUAUCAAGCUAUCGACAGUUCAAAAAUGGAGCAGCAUCUGCAAGCUGGACAUAGAUUACCACAACCUAAUAACUGUCCGUAUGACUUGUAAGUUUUGUCUUGUAUUUCUGUAGCAAAAAAAUGAGCUGUAAGCUUAAAAUUUCAAUUUUUCUCUUUUUUUUCCUUUUUUUUUUCUUUUAAGGGAGUGAUUCCCUUAAAUAAUUCAUCUUUUGUUAAUAAUAAAAUAAAGAAUGGGUUGGUUCCAAUAGUCCACAUUGAUAUCCUUCUUUGAAACAGGUCUGAGCAUUCAGAGGUUAAUCGUUUAUCUCCUAGAAGUGUUUAACCCAUAACUUCUCCCCAUAAAAUCCAUAAAUUAUCCAACAAUCAGGUACUGAGAAUACUCAAACUUAUCAGGUCAAGGUUAUCUUGAUCAAACACCAAAUUCUCAUAACUAGGUUACAACAAAAUGUGUAACAGCUGGAGGGGGGAAAUUAACAAUGAGAUCUUGGUAGUUAAAGGGUUAUGGCAUUGUUUUGACCUUCACUGUGUCUUUUUGCAGAUAUUUCUUAAUGAAAAACUGCUGGGAAUCCAGUCCAAAAGCAAGACCAACAUUUAGUCUGUUAUUAAAGCAAUUGGAACACUACUCCACAAGGCUGGUGCAAAAUGGACUCAAGUUUGAAUAUCUACCAGAGUCUGACUGUUGAUGAAGGAAAUUUGUUGCUUUUCUGGGCUUAUUAUUACCACUUAAAUAUAUAAUUUUUUGUACUUGUGGCUGUAUCAUAGGAAAAAAAUAAUUUUUGUACAUUGUAUAGGUUUAUCAAAUUAUAGCCAUUUAAAAUUCAAGUAGCCUUAUUUCAGGUAUGUUUGAAGUGUGGCAGUUAAAAGAUUCUUUGGUUGUUACAUUAAAGGUGGCUGUUUGGGUGGGUCAGUUUUUUAAAAAUAUUAAGCCACUAUAUAAUGAAAUUGAAGGCGAAGUUUUGCUUUUGAAAACACAGACAUAUGGGAAGACUUCCAUUUUACAAAAUUGUAGGUUAUGGGUCAGUAUUUUUGUAGGAUUUUUUCAGUGUUGCUUAUAGCACUUUUCUUUUCCAAUGUUGUGUUUCACGUGUCAAUUGUUAAGUCAUAUGGUAAAAUGAAAACUUAUAUUUCAUUGGGAAGUUUUUGUUUCUGAAGGAAGCCCCUGUGCACAGGAGCGUAAUCUUCUGGAGAUAGAUCACAAUUUUUGAUUGUAAAGCUGUUCUUCAAAUUAACAUGCUGUAUUUUUCAUAGUGAUUUACCAUUGUUUUGCUGCUAUAAAAUUCUAUGCCUUUUUUUUUCUCUUGUGCUGUCUGGUAACAUUGUUAAGUUUCCCUAGUUACAUUUUACUGUUGCAGUAUAGCUGUGAUUGGUGGCAUUCGUUGUUUGGUUUCAAAGUUCACAUGGAAGUCAUUUUGUAAAUACAGUAUCCAUUGUUCCAUUUCCAAUUUUUCAGGGACAUGUUUUAUAUUCUAGUUAUGCUUUGUUCAUCUUGUUUGUUGAAAAUCAACAUUUGAGUAGGUAUCAUAAAGUUUUACCCCUUAUAUUGCUUCAUCAGGCCAUUCAUUAGAAAACUCUGUUUUUUGUUUGGUAAAUCAUAUUUGGGUUAAUAGUAUCAAAACAAGUUUUAACUUUGUCCACAGCAUGUCAUCAAACUUAUUGCCUUCAGACCCUAAAGAGCUUAUAUUAUUAAUUAGCUAACCUACAAAAUUAAAUCACUAUAAAUUGUUAUUUACUUAGUAAAAAAGGGAGUAUUUUUCUACUAAGUUUCCAAAAAACUCCAAUAUUAACAUUUUUUAAAACAUCAUAUUUGCUCACCAAUCUUAACUUUGGUGGGUGUUGAAUGUUUUUCAAAAAGAGUAGCGCAAGUCCCCCUACCAGAUUUGGACAAUUUAAGGGCAACAUAAAAUUUUUUGCAAAUAAGCUCAGUGUUUAUGGUUUUGGAAAAUGUAAAUUAUGUUUUCCAAGCCAUUUUCUGAGACAUAUUGUUAGAAAAUUCUGUUACAGGCUAUUUUGUACAUUUAACACAGUAAAAUUUUCAAAACAGUUUGUUUUGCAACAUUGUUUAUGGAGAUGCAGGGAUUGGAUCAUAUUUGCGAAUUAGCAGUAGAAAGCUACUGCAAAUGUUAAUCUGUGUAUGGAGCUUACUAGAAUUGUAGUUUUCAAAUUUGUUCUGUUGGUUCACGUUCAGAUUUGUACAGUGUAAUUAGUUUUUUUUUUGACGGGAUGUUAGUAAUAGAACGUCUCAAAAGUAUAACAGAACGAGCGCAUUUUUCUUUAGCGUAUUGCAUAAUGUAUGGCUUCUCUUUAUAACUUAAUCUCAUAACACGGUUGUUAAUAGUGGUUGGUUAAUUUUAAUGCAGUAAAGUGUUGUGGAAAAACGUUGUUUCGGAGCCAAAGUUGAGCCGCUUGCUUAAAACAUACCUUAGAAUGAAGAUAUGUAGAUACAGUAUUAAUAAAAUGUUUUGUAAAGAAAUAAACACAUAUCACGUUAAAAGUAAUAGCCAAAAAUAUAUAUGAUGUAAAUAGUGAUUUUAAGGUAACUGUGUCUUUGAAUGGUGGAUCCUUCUGGCAAUAAACAUGUAAUUUAGCAUUUCUUGUUGGGCAUGAAUUGUUAUACGUUCUGUCAGAAAUGAUUUAGCUUUGGUGAUGAGACUCUGAAGGUCACUUCAAUUUUACAUCUCAUAUUAGAGUUAUGUUGCAAUAUUGAAGCAUUUCAUGCAACAGUUACU